CUUGAUUUCCAGGGACUUCUGUACACAGUGAGGGGAGACGGAGUCGAUGGCUUCAAACCCAGCGAGGCCUAUUUCACAAUCAACUCCCUUACUGGGUUACUCAUACAACAGAGGGCCCUGGACAGAGACCCCCCCUGGGGCAAGCCCACCUGGAAGGUGCGGGUACAGGUGCGGGACGGGCAAGCCCUCUGGAGUCGACCUCGCAACAAACGCCAAGUUCUUGUUUCCAAAUUAGGCCCAAGUUCCCCUCCCGAGUUGAGGCCGAAUUUAGACAUCUCGCAUGAAGGGAGAUCAGAGAGGUGGGAAGCUUUAUCAAAUAAGAGGAGGGCAAGAAGGAGAGAUGGAGAGGAGGAGGAGGAGGAGGCUGAAGUUCUGCAGAAAACGGCAAGAAGAAGAGCGAGAGAAAAGCGCGCGCAACGACGCGCCACCUGGCUGAAAUGGAAUGAAGAGUCACCACCAGACGCGACGCGGGGUCCUGGAACCGCUCACCAAAAGCGAUACUUCUCGAAAGCCGCUUCCAGUACCCGAUUACCGGAGACUUACAGCGGCACUGAGAAUAGAGUAGUUGCCAAUAAAGAGAGGAGGGAGGAAGACAGUAUCGUCACCGAGAUGGCACAGCGCUCGGAGAUAAAGGCUGAUGACUUGCCCGUGAGCGCCGAGGAACAAUCGAUGGAAUCUGGAAGCGACUGGAAAUAUAUAGGCGGCCAUAAAUCUCAAGACCAUAACAGCGUAAGGCAGAUCGUUACCAUACUAAACGAAGGGGAAAAGAUGGAGAGGUCCUCUCGUCUACUUGAUAGCGCGGGACGCCAUCAGUCUCCAUCUGUAAGACAGGAGAGUUUAGGCGCAGCGGAAGUCGGCGGCGUAGACGAGAAACGUAGAGCGAUUAGACAGAUAGAUAUGUCCUACGAACAAGAUUUACACUACUUUCACAAAGGCAUCAAGUCAUUAACGGGGAAUGGGAUGAGUAAAAGGAUUAAAUCCUACAUUACUGUCACUAAAGAUAAGUCUGGACGUAAAAACCCAUUCCAGGGCGUCAGAGGGUCCCCCGCAAAUGACCUGACCAUCCAGGCGAGUCGAAUAGGCCUAGGGAUAAUUGGGAAGCGCCCCCCGAGACGAGACGACAUCCUUCUGAAAGGACUCCACCAGAGGAAGAGGAGGAGGAGGAUGAAGAGGGAGGACGACGAAGACCAGACGACAUCUUCGGAGGAGCAUUACGAACUGGGGAGCUUCGGUCUGGACGGAGGCUGCGAAGAGGAACAUCCUUUCAACUCCAAGAACGCGUCCUACGAUCCCUCUGACCCCUGGGCCAACACUGACCUCAGCGCCUACGGCAGCGGCGGCAGGAUAGGUCGGGUUCACCUGGCGGAGGCGGUCGUGACGCUGUUCGUGAAGGACAUUAACGACAAUCCUCCUGUUUUCCCGAAUGCCACGAUGUUCGGGGAGGUUCAGGAAAAUGGCCCUAUCGACCUAUCCGUCGUCGCCGUAUCUGCCUGGGAUGCUGACGACGCGAACGAGGGGCGGAACGCCGAGAUCACCUACUCCAUCGCGAAGAACGGCGUCCACGAGACGACUGGGGAAGACAUCUUCAAAAUAGACUCCAGGACUGGACUCAUCUCCACGGCUGUCUGCUGCCUCGACAGGGAGUCCACUCCCGAGUACCACAUCCAGGUCGUUGCCACGGAUGGCGGGGGACUCACAGGAUCAGGCACCGUGAUUGUCAGGCUGGUCGACGUCAACGACAACUCGCCGAGACUGGCUAAAAAGAUGUGGGAAGUGGACGUGGAUGAGACGUGGGGGGAGGGACCCCACAGCAAUGAGACCCUCCUGGAGAUCUCCGUCAGCGACAGGGAUAUGUCGAACUAUUUCUCUUACAGGGUGGUGGAGGAGAGCGGCUGGGGAUGGACCCACUUCGGCGUGAGGUCAUUUGGGACCUCGGGGUAUCUCUACGCCCUCAGAAACCUCGAUUACGAAGACGAGAUGCAGCGGAAGGGAUUCAAAUUCAUGAUUCAGGUCACAGAUAAGGGUCGUGGAGGAUGGCUCGACUCUCGUCACCUAGACUCAGCCUGGGUCAAAGUUCACCUCCAUGACCUCAACGAUAACCCCCCGAAAUUCAGCCGCCAUCACGCCCACGUCACUGUCAGGGAAGACACGAAACCGGGGACGCUAUUAGCCACCUUAACCGCCCACGAUCCUGACAUGGGAGGCAAACAAGCCGUCCGGUACCACGUCGUGGGUGGAUGGGGCGCCCUCGCAGUCGACCAGACGGGCGCUGUGUCUCUCUGGAGGUCCCUGGACAGGGAGGCUAAAGAUGGCACGAUCGGGACGGCCAAAAUCAUAGCCGUCGACAGCGGCCAUCCGCCUCUGACUUCCACGGCGACUCUGACCAUCUCCGUCACGGACGUGAACGACUGCCCCCCACGUCUGCUGCACCCGACGGUCUUCCACGUGCUGGAGAACACGCCCCCCGCCCUCCUCGGGGUGCUCACGGCUACGGACCAGGACGUCUGGGCGCUGGGUCACGGCCCGCCCUUCAACCUGUCUCUCGCGUCGUCUAAUCUGCCAGAUGUCACGUCUCGGGUUGACGUCAGGUUCAUUUCCUAUUUGGACAGCGGCCGAGGAGGAGCCGAAGUGUGGACGAAGGAGCCACUCGAUCGUGAACAGCAUCGAGAACUGUCAGUAGGAAUCCUCCUCACGGAUGCUGGAGGAUUAUCCGUCACCCAGAACAUCAGGAUAAUUGUGGAUGACGUCAAUGACAACCAGAUGAAGCCCGCAUCCAAAACUGUUUACCUGUGGAAAGCCCAGAGCGGAAAUUCGGAGUCUCCGCUGGGUCGUGUUUACGUGGAUGACCCAGACGAUUGGGACGUCAAGGACAAAAGCUUCCACUGGCUAGGUCAGGCCCACCCCCUCUUCUCCCUCAACACCGAAGAUGGAACCAUCUUCGCCUCGAGUCAAGUCCGAGAGGGAAGGUACGAACUGCAGUUCGCUGUGUCUGACGAAUUCUGGGGUCAGCGUUUGGUCCCGGCAAAAGUCACGGUAAUUGUUCGCCAGCUGACCCAAGAAGCCCUCGCCCAUUCUACGCCCAUCAUCCUGACGCCCACCACUCCCAGGAAACUCACAUCUGGGUGGGCCCCAGUGAAAGGAGGUGGAAUCUUGGGACGGUUAAUAGAAGCUGUGAGCGAAGCAGUUAAAGAGGAAGUGAAGAAUAUAGGAGUGACCAGCGUUUACGACUUCACGGACCAAACGACGCCAUUCCGAGGCCCCAAAUCCUUCAGCACGGUUGCGUCUUUCCCUUCCUCGUCUUCACUGUAUUCAUCCUGGCACGCGCCUCCCCCGUGGCCUCUGUCCCCUCCGUCGACGUGCGUCUGGCUCAGCGUCAAGGAGAAUGGCGGGCACUUCAUGAAUCCCGUCAAACUGCAGGGGAUUCUUGGUCUUCAUUCAGAUCAGCUGGAAAAAUCAACGAACCUGACAGUCCGAGUGGAGAACCCUCACACAGGUGUGGUGAGCAAACGAGCAGGUAACAAAGAGGACCUGGGCAUAGAGGAGCCGUCGACAGUCGGUUUCGAUUCCUCUUUCCCUGUGCUGGUGGACCCCCUCGACCCAUCCUCAGCGGCUUCGAGGGCUUCCAUCUCAUUGCCCCUUCAGGUAGAGUUGGGGGUUGUUGUUUUAGAGCGCUUUAGAGUGUUUUUCGACUCGAAGUGUCCUUUUGCAAGCUUAUGA